CUGACAGUUACAACAACUUGAUUUGUCUUUGCUGCCGCCCGAUUGGGCUGUCUUGCUUGUUUUUCCCCAGAGAGUGUCUCCUUGCAAAAAGCAGUACUUAUUACUUCUACUACCUAAUCUUCCGUCACUACUGGGACUUGCUUUUGUGCGGGGAUGUGCUGAGCGCCUUCCUUCGUCUCUAUUGCUCUCUACCGAUACCCCUCGUUAGCCCAGCCCAAGCUUGACUCUACUAUUCUUCCUUCUCCCCGAACUAUCCCAUCUCCAUCCCAUCUCGCCAUUAUUAUCAUUACCGCCAUGGAUACGUUACUAACCGCGGAUAUCGUUGCCAACUCCCCGCGAUUUCGGCGCAAGUCGUCGACUUUCGUCGAUGCAAUUCACGACCUGCCUGAAAAGGCCGAUUUGGCUCCCGCGCAGCUCUACAGCACCGAAUCCGGCCGACUCUUCCACUCCGGCCGCAUUGUCAUCAUCACGGUAGGAUUACCGGCAAGAGGCAAGACGCAUAUGUCGGUCGCUCUGGCACGUUACCUUCGCUGGUUAGGUGUCAAGACAAGAAUAUUCCACCUCGGCGAUUAUCGACGUGCUACCAUACCCUACGGCCAAGAUAUCCCUGAUGACUACUUCUUCGUCAACGCUUCGGCUUCGUCUGUGCUCCUAAGGCAGAAGAUCGUUAAGCGAUGUCGCGAAGAUAUAUACCACUUCUUGAAUCAUGAGAAUGGGCAGAUAGCGAUAUACGAUGCAGUCAAUCCCAUCGCUUCGGGACGACGGUCCCUCGCCAAGGAAUUCUCUAAGCAUGAUAUAGAGACUUUGUUCAUUGAAUCGUGGUGUGACGAUGAACGCAUAAUUGAGGAGAAUGUCCGACGGGUCAAGAUAUCCUCACCCGACGUACGUGUAGCUACAUGGAACCCCGAUUCUUUCGCACAUACUCACCCUUGGCAGUACGUAGGGUGGUCUUCAGAAGAUGCGGUCAGGCAUUAUUUGACCAGGAUAGCUGCUCGUAUCCCCCAAUUCCAGACUAUGGAGGAGACGGACCUCAAUUACAUCAAGAUGAUCAACGCAGGUGAACGUUUGAUUGUUAACAACAAAAGCUUUGGCUAUCUCUCUAAUCGGAUUGUGUUCUACCUCUUGAACCUCCAUAUCAAAUCAAGACACACGUAUUUUGCCAGAGCCGGCGUUUCACUGGAAGCAGGCUCAUACAAAGCGGAUGCCUCACUAUCCGAGCAAGGAGAGGAGUACGCCAAAAAGAUGACAGAGUGCUUGCUGCAGCACAGGGAGGCUGAAAGACAAGCUAUGGCCGACCAAGGGGAGAAAGACUACGAACUAAAGCCGCUGACAGUCUGGACGUCUACGCGACGGAGGACAGUCGAAACCGCCAAGUAUCUCCAUGAGAAAGGAUACAAAGUACGGCAGCGAUCACAAAUGAGCCAGUUGAACCCUGGGGUAUGCGAGAUGAUGUCGGAACGGAAAAUCCGCCAGGAGUAUCCGGACGAGGUGGCGAAGCAUGAUCUUGACCCCUAUCAUCAUCGUUACCCUCGAGCAGAGUCUUAUCAUGACCUUGCGGUACGGCUGGAGCCGAUUAUCCUGGAGCUUGAGCGCGAGCAGAAUGAUCUCUUGAUUAUUGCGCACGAGAGCGUAUUAAGAGUGCUUUAUGGAUACCUGAUGGCAUGCAAUGCAGCCGACAUUCCAUUCCUGGAGUUCCCACGGGACGAGAUAAUUGAAAUAAUACCCGAAAGCUAUCAGAACGAGGCGCGCCGAAUCCACAUCCCUGGUCUACCCAAAGAGAUCAUCCCUGGCUCACCCGAAGACAUCAAAAUUCCCGUCCCGCCGAGUGGGAUGAUGACCCCGCUGGCUGGGGGACUUGGAAGCCCAAAGGAAGGCCUUGCAACGCCGCAGAGCGGCCUUCGAACUCCUAGGGAGCCCGAGAGGAUCUCACAGCAGCAUAGCUUCAUGGUAUCCAUCACGACCGAGUACAUCAGCGUCGGGGGCAAUAGGCAUCCCGCCGCCGCUGAUUGGGACGUCCAGUCAGGCGUGCUUGCCUUUGGCGCAGAUAACAAUGUAGCUCUCUGGGAUCCUCGAGAGAGCUCCCAGCGCGGGGUCUAUUCGCUUCUUGUCGGCCACACCGACAAGGUCAGUGUCGUUCGGUUCUACACAUGCCCUUCCACCGGAGCGAGACUUCUCUUGACUGGCUCUGUUGAUCAUACGGUCCGGUUAUGGCGCCCCGAUUCAGAAAACCCCCGCCAAUUCGUCCACGCGCAUACUUUGGAAGGACAUACCGGCUCCGUCAAUACUAUCGCCAUAGCUGAAGGAUUGGACAUCGUCGCAUCGGGCGCAGCUGAUGCUACUGUGAAAAUAUGGAAGAUCAGCACGCAGGGGGAGCCAAAGGGCGAGCUCUUGAGAUCUAUUUCCAUGAAGCCACGCUUCUUUCCGUUGGCUUUGGCGUUGACACCGCUUCGAACAGAGUCGAAUGACAGACCUGUGGCUCUGGCGGUGGCAGGGACCACAAACAUCGUGCAGGUGUAUGUAGCGGAGAACACUCUUGUCGACCCCGAUUUCAAGCUUGCGGCUGUGCUGUCCGGACACGAGGCGUGGGUGCGCUCCUUGUCUUUCACGUCGGAUAAGCAGAGCAAGACGGGCGAUCUGCUAUUGGCCUCGGCAAGUCAAGACAAGUAUGUUCGACUCUGGCGAUUCCAACGUGGAGAGGUCACUCAGGCCACGCCGGCCUGUGAUGACGAUCCUAUGCUGGGUGGCUUCGAGCCGACGCUAUCGAACAAGGCGCAUCAGUUCACCACGGCGGGGACCAAAUACUCUGUUACAUUCGAAGCUCUAUUGUUCGGAAACGAGGACUGGAUUUACACGACUGCGUGGAACCCUGACCCAGAGCACAACACAUUGACCAUUUGGGAACAAGAUCCGGUCUCGGGAGUGUGGCUUUCUGCCGAAAGAAUGGGAGAGAUCAGUGUUCAGAAAGGUUCCACUACAGCUACUGGUAGUACUGGUGGGUUCUGGAUUGGUCUUUGGGCCCCAGACGGCAAGCAGGUUGUAAGUCUGGGCCGCACUGGAAGCUGGCGCUCGUGGAAAUAUGAUGCGGAAACCGAUAUGUGGGCGCAAUCCCUGGGUAUCUCAGGGCAUGUGCGAUCAGCCAACGGGGUCCAAUGGGAGCCUACUGGAGGAUAUCUCCUGUCGACAAGUGCGGAUCAAACGACACGUCUGCAUGCCCAGUGGCUGCGAGAUGGACUGAAGUCAUGGCAUGAAUUCUCACGACCUCAGAUCCAUGGCUACGAUUUGAAUUGCGUGGACACUCUGGGCCCGGCUCGGUUCGUGUCCGGUGCUGAAGAGAAGCUAUUGCGAGUGUUCAACGAGCCUGGGCCUAUCGCACAGCUCCUAGAGAAGCUUUCUGGCUUUAAACAGACGACCGAAGGAGCACUACCAGACACAGCACAGAUCCCCGUCCUGGGAUUGUCGAACCAGGCCCCGGCCGAUGAUGCGCCUACAGGUGAAGACGGAGUGGAGGGUGAGGAAGUUGGAAAAGCUCAGGCUAACCAGGCGCUUUUGGCGGAAUCAAACCAACCGCCAUUGGAAGAUCAGCUGGCCCGCUACACGUUAUGGCCAGAGCAUGAGAAGCUGUAUGGUCACGGAUACGAAAUCUCAGCCGUGGCUGUCAGUCACGACCGCACACUAAUCGCCACCGCUUGCAAGGCGAGUUCGAUUGAUCAUGCCGUGGUGCGUCUGUACGACACGUCGGACUGGCACGAGAUUCGUCCAUCCCUGGCCGCGCACACCUUGACCAUUACUAGUCUCGCUUUCUCCAAUGACGACCAGUACCUUCUGAGUGUCGGGCGUGACCGGCAAUGGGCUGUUUAUCAACGUAGCGAUCAGGACCCCUCUACAUUCUCCCUUCUAACUUCGAACCCCAAGGGCCACUCCCGAAUGAUCCUCGAUGCCGCAUGGGCACCUGCGUCGGGCAAGCCCAUCUUCGCAACCGCUGGCCGGGACAAGUCAGUGAAGCUGUGGCAAAUGACCGAAGGCUCCUUUGAGUGUAAAUCUACCAUCCCAUUGACAACGCCUGUCACUGCACUGGCGUUCCUGCCGCAGAUAUACAACAACUCCUUUUUUGUGGCCACGGGCGAGGAAAGCGGGGCGGUGUCUGUCUACCAGGUUGCAGUCGACAGCCUGGAAGCCAGCCAUCUGUCGAGUAUCGACAAGCUUGCAUCACCUUCGAAGGCGAUCACGCAGCUUUCCUGGCGGCCGGUUCCUGAUGCCGACAUACGGAAUUUUGCACUGGCGGUAGCAAGCGAGGACACUUCAACUCGGAUAUAUAGUUUUUCGGACAUGGUCUCAUAA